AUGGCCUAUAUUCUGUAUAGCGUCACUUUCCUUGUCCUUGUCAUUGGCACUGUUCUAUAUCUGACUAGAUCGCGAUGGCUUCACCAUGUUCCUAUGCCGGACUACCUGUAUGACCGACUGCCUACAAGCUUCACCGAUGACAUAGAAGCUGGUUUUACAUCAUCCGACUUUGAUCUUACGAACAACGUUGCUGAGGGCGAUUCGAGGUCUGGGCUAGAUAAAAAGGCGAAACGAGAAAUCAGAAGGAUAAUGAGAAAGCGACGGGUCAACUUCGAUGAGGCACGUCGAUUAUAUACAGAACAACGCUUCGCAAAUAAUAAUAUUGGGCCUGAUGGUCGGCCGAGGGAUCCUAAAUUUGUUUCCUUCUCGUGA